AUGAAUUUGACAGUAGAAAUGUGGUUUGGGUUAAUCCCACUUGUGGGAUUGAUAUUAUGGUUUUGGUACGAUAUUUGGUAUGGUAUUCCGGUGGCAUUCCGGUGCAUUUCAGAUGGCACAAAGCUUCCUCCUGGUUACAUGGGUAUUCCAUUUCUGGGAGAGAUGUUAAACUUUCUUUGGUACUUCAAGUUUCUGAGACGCCCUGAUGACUUCAUUAAUUCCAGAAAAUACAAGUACGGUGAUGCAGAAAUGUUCAGAACUCAUCUACUCGGUAAACCAUCAAUUAUAGCUUAUUCACCAGAGCUGAAUAAUAUGGUUUUCAAUUCAGAAACUCUAUUUGGUCAGAAUUGGCCUUCAAUUGAAUUAAUCGGACAAAACUCCCUCAUAGCAUCAGAAGGGCCAGCACAUUCUAGGCUCAAAACUUUUGUGGCCCAAGCCAUGAAUAAGCCUUAUGCUCUCCGACAAAUAGCCCUCAUGGUCCAGCCCAGAAUAAUCACAGCCCUCCAUACAUGGGCUGAAAAAGGUAGAGUGGUUGGAUAUGAUGAGGCUAAAAAGUUGACACUUGAAAACAUUGGCAAGUAUUUUGCUCACCUGGAGCCCGGUCCAAAAUUGGAUAUCCUUGAUGAAUUUUAUGCAAAAUUUGUCAAAGGAGUUCGAGCUAACCCCAUCAAAUUUCCUGGAACGACAUAUUACAAGGCUCUUCAGGAUCGGAAGAAAGCCCUACAGAUUUUCAAAGAAGAGUUGGAUAGGAGGAAAAAAAACUCAAGUGCUGCAAAUGAAAAAUAUGAUUUGAUGGAGGGUCUAAUUCAAUUUAGAGACAAAGAUGGCACAAAGUUGAGUGAUGAUGAAGUCGUUGACAACAUGCUAGCCCUAGUUGUUGGAGGGUUCGAAUCCUCCGCUAUUUCCAUCACUUGGGCUUUGUAUUAUCUUGCCAAGUAUCCCCACGUUCUCGAAAAAGUUCGGAAUGAGAAUAUGCUCAGCAUGAAGAAUCGGAAAGAAGAUAUGAUCACAUAUGAUGACAUCCUAGAGUUACAUUAUACGAACAAGGUUUGUGGUUAUGACAUUAAUACUUUUUUUAAAAAAAUGCAUUUCCAAAAUUUAAAACGAAAACGAAAACAAAAACGCUACAAGAUACCAAAAGGAUGGAGAGUAUUGUGUUGGCUUCGAUAUAAUCAUGUUAAUCCAGAAUAUUUCGAAGAUCCACUUACAUUUAAUCCUGAUAGAUGGGAUAAUCGGCCACAACCUGGAACAUAUUUAGUGUUUGGAGGAGGUAAAAGGUUUUGCGCUGGAAACAAGCUCGCUCGAAUUCAAGUUGCCAUUUUCUUGCACUACUUGGUUCUGGGAUAUAGGUGGGAUCUGAUCAAUAAGGACGCAGAUUUUGGUUUUCUCCCAAAUCCGAAGCCUGAAGAUGGAGUUGAGAUUGCCAUCAGCAAACUGGAAACCGAGUAA